AUGGAGGUCUGUGUGUCAACUCACUUGCAAAACAAGGUGGAAAGGACAGGACGGUGGAGUAUGGACUACAAUGCUGCCGUUAUUCUUUGGCCCAGCACGUUCUGCAAAACUCAAGGAAGCCACUCUACAACGCUGAUAAAAAUGAAAUGGAAAUUACCUUGUCUUCUCCUAGCUAUAUGCACAGCUGUCGUCUUAAUCUUAGUUUUGGUUUUCCAAAGGAAAGGAGAAAAGCCCAUGAUUUGUGAGAAGCAGGCCCAACAGGUGGGCUUGGAAGAAACAGACCAUGAUGUCCACAUCCAGAUAUUUGAUGACUUAUGUCCAGAAGAGUUGGUCCAAGUGAAGAGGUACUUGCAAGUCAACUUGGGGGUGCCACUGGUAGAUCCUCCUCAGGCCAAGCCAUCUGACAAUUGCAUAUAUUCCAUUGUACUUCAGCUUCCACCCAAAGCAGAAGUGCUGAAAUUCCUGGAUCAUCAAGGGACCAGGCCCACACGAGAAGCUCUGACUGUGGUCUAUUUUGGAAAUCAGGAGGAUCCAAAUGUCACAGAGUAUGUGGUGGGUCCUCUUCCAAAGCCAACAUACCACCAGGAUGUCACAGUGCAAAAGUACGGGGGGAAAUUGCCUUAUUACCGAAGGUUUCUUUUGAAAAAUGAGAUGAAUGAAAUCUAUUCGUUUUUGAAGAAUAAGGAAUACCCCAAGGCUCCAAACUUUAUGUACAAGGUGCUGGAUUACAAUGGAGCCAAUCUUUUUUACUCCCGUGCAGUGCCUCCAGGGCUAAAAUCUGGAGAUCGCAAAAUCUGGCUAGGUCAUUUCCAAAAUGUUUCUGGCUUUUACUUGCAUCCGGUUGGAAUGGAAGUGCAGGUGGAUGUUAGCAGCUGGAAUAUUUCCCAGUGGAAGGUGCUGAAGGUGUUCUAUAAUGGACAAUACUUUGAGGACAUGGAAGAUAUUGAGAGACAGUUCAAUCAGGGGCAGAUUAAAGUAGCUAAAGUCAAAAAGCCUCCUCUUGAUGGUGGAUACUCAUCCCUGAAGUCGAGGGUGCCACACAAGGGGCCAGGCCCAUUGCACUAUGAGCCUCGUGGCCCACGCUACAGCAUCAGGAAUAACCAAGUUGUCUUCAUGGGCUGGAGUUUUGCCUUUGGGAUGGAUGCUAACAGGGGACCACGUCUCUUUGACAUCUGGUUUAGUGGUGAGAGGAUCAUCUACGAGUUAAGCUUACAAGAUGCAACUGCCCUCUAUGGAUCCAACACUCCAGCAGCAAUGCUGACCAGGUACAUGGAUGUUAGCUUUACCCUUGGAAAUAAUGCCUUCACACUCAUUCAGGGUGUGGAUUGUCCUUACUUGGCUACCUAUUUGGACAGGCACUAUUUCAUUGAUUCAUCCUUACCUGUCACCCGCAAAAAUUCUAUUUGCAUCUUUGAGCAGAAUUCUGAGUUGCCUAUACGACGCCAUUAUGAUAGUGCACAGACUCCUUUAUAUGGAGGGUUGGUUGACUCAGUUCUGGUUUUUAGAUCUAUAUCUACAGUUGAUAAUUAUGACUAUGUCUGGGAUUUUGUAUUUCAUCAAAAUGGAGCUGUUGGUGUCAAGGUACAUGCCAGUGGGUACAUUCUAUCUGCUUUUUACUUUGGUGAUGCCCGAGAAUUUGGCAACAGGGUUGAAGAGUGGACAUUAGGAACAAUUCACACCCACAACAUUCAGUACAAAGUGGAUAUGGACAUUGGUGGUGUGAAAAAUUCCCUGAUAGCCAAUGACAUGACUUUCCAAACAGCAAAGAUUCCUUGGAGUCCAGAGAAUAAACGCCCCCAAAUGCGGAUGGUAAAAAAAGUCUUGGAUACUGAGGACAAGGCCGCCUUCCGCCUUCAUGACAGCAUGCCCCGAUACAUAUAUUUUGCAGCCAAUAGUACAAACAAGUGGGGCCAUAAACGUGGCUAUCGGAUCCAGAUAGUCAGUUUUUCUGGGGAUCACUUGCCAGAAACAGACCCAAUGGAGCGAGCCAUCAGUUGGGGCAGGUACAAGCUGGCUGUCACUAAGCGGAAGGAGAACGAACCAUUCAGCACCAGUGUCUAUAAUCAGAUGGACCCAUGGACACCUUCAGUUGCUUUUGCUGACUUCAUAAACAAUGAGACCAUAGUCAAUGAGGAUCUGGUUGCCUGGAUCACUACUGGAUUCCUGCAUAUUCCACAUGCUGAGGACAUGCCCAACACAGUGACACUUGGGAAUGUGGUUGGCUUCCUUCUGAGACCCAACAACUAUUUUGAUGAUGAUCCUUCUAUGUAUUCUCCUGACAGUGUUUUCUUCACUGGCCAGCAGGACCCUACUUCCUGCAGUGUCAACCACCUUGCUUGCCUUUCAGAAAUAACUUCAUGCUUGCCCAACUUUCCACCUUUUACUUAUGAGGGCUUCCAAAACCAGACAAUGGACUGAUUUCUUCUGAACUCCACUGGUUGGUAGGGGUGUGCAUUUUGGAAUUUUCUCGUUUCAAUUUGUAUCCGAAUCAAAACACCCCCAUUUUGUUUUGUAGCCAAAUUUUCAGAAUCCGAAUCACCCCUGUUUUGUUUUGUUGCUGAAUUUUCAGAAUCCGAAUCCAAAUUGAUUUGGAUUUUUAAAAAGGGUCCCAGGGCAAAAAGAGUGGGUGGUCGUGGUAGUGUUCAAUGGGUAGAAGCUACCACCCAAAUUUCAAAG